AGGGGGGGGUCGUGAGGUGGGAGUGGAGAUGCGACAUAAGGUACCAUUAUCAGCAACACCAUCAUCUGGUUCACUCACACUUCAUUCUCAGAGAGCGCCAUGUUUACACUCUGGUUGGUGGUGGUGGUGGUGGUGGUGAGUGGUGCUCGGGGCUACGACACACCCUCGUGCGACGGUCGACAAACGAUCGUUGAGCUUUUCGAAUGGAAAUGGACAGACGUGGCCGAGGAGUGCGAGAGGUUCCUGGGGGACGCCGGGUACUGCGCCGUCCAGGUCUCACCAGCAGCGGAACAUACAGUGAUCGCAGAGAACGGGUACCCAUGGUGGCAGCGAUACCAACCAGUUUCAUACACACUGGAGUCCCGCUCAGGCACAGCCAUGGAGUUCAUCGACAUGGUGCAGCGCUGUAAUGCUGUGGGAGUGAGGUGAGGCAGAGGAAGACAA